GGAGGGAAGGAGGGAGGGAGGGCGAAUGCGAGCCAACAAGACGCCAGCCAGGAUCCCCACACAGACAGGAACGGGACCCCUCCAGCGCCAGACACCGAACACUUCUCUCACCUGCUGCAGACCGAAGACAAAAUCCGAAAUGAGGUUCCUCCUGACGAUGCUGGUGGCCCUCUGCGUCCUCCUGCUGGUGGCUGAGGCAACGUCCCCCUUGGACACCGUGAUGGACGCCAUGAGCAAGGUUCUGGGCGUGGGCGAGGAGGAGCCAUGCUGUACGAACGUCUGCGAUUCCUCCUGCUCGUGUUGCGUCGCCAGCCACCCUCUGGCGGACCACAAGAACGAGGGCGUGGUGCUCACCAAGGACCCCGAAGAUAACCCCGUCUGACGCCAGGACCUGUGACAUCCUUCGGGCUCCGUAGAAGGAGGACGAAGAAGAAGAAGAAGAAGAAGGAGGAAUAGGAAAGAAAAUAAGCAAUUAGGGAUCAUGAUAUCGAGAUAAAACCUUUCUUUUUUAAAAAAAAAAAAAAAAAAAACAAUAACAAAAAAACAAGACUUAAGAUAAGAAAACCAGAUUAAACCCUUCUUACUUUUAAAGAUAAGAAGUGGAACCAAAAUCAUAAUAAUAAUAAGCUUCUCUCUUUUCUCUAUGCUUGGAGGUGUCACAGAUUAUAUAAUGUUAUGUUUCACGUCCCUUUAUACUUUGCCAGUCAGUCCGUCCUGUAAUAGCACUCAGUGGAUGUUAUAAGCUGCUUUCAAUAAACCGAUUGCUAUA